AUGGGCCCCUUGCCGCAGCCAGGCUGCUGCAGAGCCAGGAUGGUGAGAGCCGGGCUGGGGGCUGCGGGCCGUCCUGCGGGGUGGGGUGGAGAGCGGCCCGGACAGGUCACCGCCAGGGAUGGGAAGGGGACCUGCCCCGCUGCCCUGGGAUGCCCUGGAGAGGACCCCUCCCCACCCACAGUGUUGCAGGCCAGCAGGAAGGCCGGGGCGCGGGGCAAGGCCACGGCCACCAAGCAGGCCCAGCGAGGCUCUUCCAACGUCUUCUCCAUGUUCGAGCAAGCCCAGAUCCAGGAGUUCAAGGAAGCCUUCAGCUGCAUUGACCAGAACCGUGAUGGCAUCAUCUGCAAGUCCGACCUUCGGGAGACCUACUCCCAGCUGGGGAAGGUGAGUGUCCCGGAAGAGGAGUUGGAUGCCAUGCUGCAGGAGGGGAAGGGCCCCAUCAACUUCACCGUCUUCCUCACGCUCUUCGGAGAGAAGCUCAACGGGACAGACCCCGAGGAAGCCAUUCUGAGUGCCUUCCGAAUGUUUGACCCCAGUGGCAAGGGCGUGGUGAACAAGGAUGAGUUCAAGCAGCUCCUGCUGACCCAGGCGGACAAGUUCUCUCUGGCUGAGGUGGAGCAGAUGUUCGCGCUGACGCCCAUGGACCUGGCGGGGAACAUUGACUACAAGUCCCUGUGCUACAUCAUCACCCACGGGGAUGAGAAGGAGGAGUGAGCAGGGCCGCGGGCGACCAGGGC